UUAACUGCAUCACUGCUGCUUCCGCUGCUUCUCAUCACGCCAUCCCCUCCCUCCUUUUUCAAGGCUGAGAGGCAGUUAAAAUCUCGACUGGACUCCACCGGAUCAGUCCACGCACUUUGCAGAGAUAGGGUGAAAGCAGCCCUGUAGUGUACGGAAUACAGUACACAAUCCUCUUUGUUACCUGUUAGAUAGUCGUCAGCCUUUAGCCGUCUUUCACUUACCUUAUCUUCAUCUCCAUCUCAGCUUAUAUCAACCGCCAUCUGACAUCUACACCUGCACUUCACCUACACCUUUACCCACAACCACCACCACCACCACCACCACCACCACCACCACCACCACCACCAUCACCACCUACAUCAUCACCUCAUCCAGCCCAACCACUACACCACAAGUAUCGAUAAGAAUAAUGGCAACCCUCAACGCCUCCCAAGCCCACCCCCAAAACCUCACCACCACCUCUCCGGCCAGCUCCGUCCCGCAACCCCCCAACCCCCUCAACCUAGCCGCCGCGGCCGCCAUGGCCGUCACCAGCACCAGCACCAACAGCACCAGCACCAACCCCUCUCAACGUCCCACCGAACCGCACCAAACCCACCACCACCACCACCACCAACAACACCACCUAGACCCCUCAAACCACACCGACAACUACCCGCACCAGAUCACCGGCUCCGGCGGCCCGACCGCCACCGCCCCGUUCCUGCGCGACUUCAGCCUCGUCGCGGAGGCAGCCAAGCGGGCGCAGAUGUCCGUCAUGGUGCGCGAUCUGGAGAGUGUGACGCUAUAGAAACGGUCAUCAGAAUGACAUGCAUAGAUCUCGGUCCUGCAAAUACGGCCAGAACUGAUUCUUAUUCUUUUCCAUUCAAAACUGGUUAGAUCUCGGUGCAAGGAUGAAGUGUGAGGCGCGCGAG